AUGGUCGAGGACCCGUCCAUACAGCACCUCAUCUCAUGGGCGAAGGAGGGCGAUAUGUUUUAUGUCUUCAACUGUAUUGAACUGUCCAACUCUAUCCUCCCAAAGUUCUUCAAGCAUAACAACUGGCAGAGUUUUGUCCGCCAGCUGAACAUGUACGGAUUCCACAAGAAGGAAUCCACAAUGAACAGGCGAAACCCGGAGAGCCAGCGUUGGCAGUUCUACCAUCCUGACUUUCAACGGGACCGCCCCCACCUUCGAAGCAACAUCAAACGCAAGUCAGCUCGUUCUAUCAACAUUGCGCCUACAUUCUCUCGAGUGAUGUUUGAUGAGAAGGGACCUUACAUCCAGCAGGACUACCAGACCCGACCCUUCAAUGGUUUGGGCGGUCACAAUCGGUCCCAGAGCACUAACCACCCUCAGGAUCCCAGUCGCCAUGGUCACCAUAUGCACGGUGGACCUCAGGGUCCUGGACACUUUCCAUACCCAGGACCGAUGGGUCACCCACACCGCCAACCGCACCCAGACCAGAGACCACCUGGACCUAGACAUAUGGGAGACUUCAGACAAGGGCCACCUGGUCACCCGGGUGAACCAAUGCAGCAUCGCGAUGACAAGGAGCACCUGGGAGUGAAGCAUGCGCCUCCGUCUCACCCACAGCACGGAAGACGGGACCAAGGACACCUACCACACCACCAGCACUACUCUGGCCCACCUCACCCACAGCACCCUUACGCCAACCCUCAUCAGCGACAGCACUCUUACGCAGGUCCUGGUUCUCAGGGCCCAUACUCACCCGACCACCCUUACGGUCCCAAGUCUCAAGGGCCGCCUCAUGGGUACAACCCUGUCCACGGUCCUGGUCACGGACACCAUCACCCAGGCCAAGGUCCACCUCAUCCUGUCGGAGGUCACGGAAGACCAGAGAACCAGGGACAUGGUCAUAGUCCGAACCGAGAAGGAGGAUUUCCUGAGCAAGGUGAUGACCCUAAGCAAGGACCUUUGGUGAGCGGAGGCCACUUCCGCAGCCAGAGUGCUCCAGGACUCGACCCUCGACGGGCGGAGGUUCCACGCCAACCCCAUCCAUUCAGCCAACACGAACAGUCUCGCUCGCCGCCUCUGCCACAGCCACACGGACCGGGGGAAUCAUUUGGCUCGCACCCACAUCCUUCUCACCGACACCAAGGAUCUUUGGACGGGAACGCACAGAAGCUGCCACCACCGCCAGCAGGUUUUGAAGCGGGUGAGGAGAAUGUGCCGAUGCAUCGCGGAUCCCAGACAAAGCACCCACUCUCGCCCAUGGAGCAUGCACAAGGUCACCCGAAUGGUGGCCCUGAGCAUCCUUCGCCAUCCCACGUUCAUCACCCACAUGCAGAGCAGCACCGGCGAAACCAGUCCUUUGCUGGGGGUCCAGGCGCACCAGUCGGAGGGCCAAUGGAGAAGGAGGAUCCUAACCGCCGGCUUUCACCAUCACUGCAAGGUGCUGCCGGCCGACCCACCUUGCCUAUCCCCUCGCCUUCUGCAUCUCAAAAGCAAUUGGCUCCUCUGGAUCAUGCUCAUGGCGGCGACUCGCUUCCUGGAGCCCAUGGAAUCGACCCUACCCUUCAUCCCAACCCCCAGGAUCUUGUCCCACGGACUGUGAAGCAGCUGGAGAGUCGGCUGUUCUAUGUCGAGGACGCAUACAUGUCCUUGAGACAGUUUGCGCAGGAGCUUCAGAAUGUUCAGAUCUCGCAGGAGCAUACUAUUGCUUGGAUGCGCGACCGCAUUGAGCAGCUGUCUGAAGUCAGCACUCCCAGAUUAGACUCGAUCACAUCGCCGCCAAUUAUUCAUGGAGGCAUUGUGCCCUCCAAGAGAAAGGCUGAAUACAGUCCAGGAGAUUCUCGCGAAUGGAGUCGACGUGGACCAGAGCAUCAGCCACAAGGCAGCGCUUACCAGCGCCAGGGACCUCCCGGAUCUGGACCUGUCCCUCCUCCUCCUUCAAGCGGGACUGCUGGCUUCCACACUGCUCCAUUCAACCCUUCACAGCCUCCACAGCAGUCCUCACCGCACCCCCCUCACCACGCUUCUCCUGUCUCCCACCCACAGCACCCUCAGCACCCUCAGCACCCCCACCCGCAGCAACCUCCUCAGCAACAGUCUUUUGCGCCACCUCAACUACCACAGUCGCAUCACCUAAGACUCCAGCACCAGCAGCAGCACCAACAACGGCACUCCUCGCCCUCGAUGAACGACCACAUCCCACAGUAUUCCCCAUGA